UUAACUUAAAGAGUAGUUUAAUUGUCUAUAUUAAGAGAAGAAAUUCAGAAACCUAAAACCUGAAAGAAAAAAAAUCCAGUUAUCUCCUUCCAUUUUUUUAGGAGACUCUUCCGCGCUUCGGAUCCCAACGGUUUUGGUGUAGAUUUUUCUUGAUCUGGGUUUUGUUACAUCUUUGACGAAAAUAAAACAUAUCAACGUGAUGAGAUAAAGGGAAACCCUAUGGGUUUCUUGUGAAAGGGGCAACCAUUGUUUAUGAAGGAUUCUAAGGCAUUAAUUAAUUGAACAAAACGAUUCGAACAAGACCCAUUUUUUGGUCUUAAUUUGUGGUCCUCAGACUCUGUUUUGUACAAGUUUCUUCGGACUUUGAAUCCAAUUCGCCGUGGUUUGAAAUAAGUUUAUGUCUAUAUAAUCACAAGAAGAAGGGGAAAAAAAAAAGGAGAGAUUCAGACAACAGCUACCGGAGAAAUGAAUUGCUUUUCAUGUUUUUAUUUCCAUGAAAAGAAAAAGGUUCCAAGAGAUUCAGACAACAGCUACCGGAGAAAUGGGGAGGUGACCGGUAGAGACAACAACAAAACACACCCUGAGAAUCCAAAGACUGUAAAUGAGCAGAACAAGAACAAUGAUGAAGACAAAGAAGUGACAAACAACAUUGCUGCUCAAACAUUCAGCUUCAGGGAGCUAGCUACUGCAACUAAGAAUUUCAGACAAGAAUGUCUGAUCGGUGAAGGCGGCUUUGGAAGGGUUUACAAAGGCAAACUCGAGAAAACCGGCAUGAUUGUGGCAGUGAAGCAAUUAGAUAGAAAUGGAUUGCAAGGGAACAAAGAGUUCAUAGUAGAGGUCUUGAUGUUAAGUCUUUUGCAUCACAAGCAUCUCGUGAAUCUCAUUGGGUAUUGUGCUGAUGGAGAUCAGAGACUUCUCGUCUAUGAGUACAUGUCUCGCGGUUCACUCGAAGAUCAUCUCCUCGAUCUAACACCGGACCAAAUACCGUUGGAUUGGGACACAAGGAUUAGAAUCGCUCUAGGAGCCGCAAUGGGUCUUGAAUACUUGCAUGACAAGGCAAAUCCUCCAGUGAUCUACAGAGAUCUCAAGGCAGCUAAUAUCCUUCUAGACGGUGAAUUCAAUGCCAAGUUAUCCGAUUUCGGUCUGGCAAAGCUAGGCCCUGUCGGGGACAAACAACAUGUGUCUUCCAGAGUUAUGGGAACUUACGGAUAUUGUGCUCCAGAGUAUCAGAGAACCGGUCAGUUAACUACAAAAUCCGAUGUUUAUAGCUUCGGAGUUGUGUUGUUGGAGUUGAUAACUGGACGAAGAGUUAUUGAUACUACCAGACCCAAAGAUGAACAGAAUCUAGUAACUUGGGCUCAACCGGUGUUCAAAGAACCGAGUAGAUUCCCAGAGUUAGCGGAUCCGAGUCUGGAGGGAGUGUUCCCGGAGAAAGCUCUGAAUCAAGCGGUGGCAGUGGCAGCAAUGUGUUUACAAGAAGAGGCAACGGUACGGCCACUCAUGAGUGACGUUGUAACCGCUCUCGGUUUCUUAGGAACCGCUCCUGACGGCUCAAUCUCUGUUCCACACUACGAUGAUCCUCCUCAGCCGUCGGAUGAAACGUCCGUGGAGGAUUCAGUGGCAGCGGAAGAACGGGAAAGAGCCGUGGCUGAGGCAAUGGAGUGGGGAGUUGCUUCAAGAGCACAUUCCCGGAACCCAAGUGCUUCUUGAUUUUUAUUUUUUACAUCUUUUUUUGUCUUGUUGAUUUUUAUUUUUGGUUUGGUCGUUGUUUACUUUUUACGUUUUUUGGCUUUCAAUUUCAGUUUCAGAAAGAUAGUGAUAUAGAAUUUGUUACCGUUUCUCUCUUUGUUAAUUAUGUUCUGUUUUGUUUGAAUGUGUAUAUUCCAGCUGAGUUUUCAUAGC